GCGACGCACGGCAUUCUGGGAGUUGUAGUCACACAGUAGCAGAGCUGUCACACAAGUAAUGGCUGCACCCUGACUGCUGCUGCCUGCUGCUGCUGCAAGAAGGACACAAGUGCAGGAACUGUUUCAGUUGAAAGCUGAGCGAGCAACAUCACAUACAAUAGGAAAAGACGAUUCCCUGCUUCGCCCGAUGUUCUAACAAAGUCAUACAACACCAAGAUCCAAGGUGCUAAAAUGAACAACACUCUAAGACACUGGAGAGAAGCCGCCACCCUAAUUUUAGCUGCAGGAACCCAGCAUGGGAAGAUCACCCCGAGAAUGAUCCCGCAGGUGGCCUGGAAUGAUAACCCGAAGAAAACCACUUUUGAUUAUGAGGUUCUGUUGCUGAAACGCAGCCAGAAAAGUGGUUUCAUGCCAAAUGCCUUUGUGUUUCCCGGGGGCCUUGUAGAACCUUCAGAUUUCUCCAACGACUGGAUGAAACUGUUUGAGAGGCACAGCCAGAAACCCAACUUUGGCCUAGGCGUGGUGAACCAGUCCCCCAACACCAGGUCUCCUCUCUUCCUUACGGACAGAACAGAAUUUGGCUCGCUGAUUCCCGGAGAGGUCGCUUUUCGGAUCUGCGCCAUCAGGGAGACCUUUGAAGAGUCUGGCGUUUUAUUGGUUGUUCCCGAGAACUCCGACAUUGAAGACAACCAGAACUUUGUGGAUGCCUACGAGCAAGAUCUGGAGGCGGUUGCCAAGUGGAGACAAGAGGUUCAGAAUAAUCCACUGCAGUUCAUUGAGAUGUGCAAGGAGCUGCGAUGCGUCCCUAACAUCUGGGCGCUGCAUGAGUGGGGCAACUGGCUGACCCCUUUAUUCUCCAGGAGUUCUAAUAGCAGGCGCUAUGACACAGUGUUCUUCAUCUGCUGCUUGCCGAGGAAGCCGUUGACCAGCGAUGAUCAGAAAGAAGUCUCUGCGUACAAAUGGUGGACACCUGAAGAAGCCAUUGAUGAGUAUAAGUGUCAGAAAAGCUGGAUUCCGCCUCCUCAGUUCUACGAUUUAAGCAGAUUGUGCAACUUCCCUAUGAUUCAGGAGUUAAACAGGUUCAGCCUACACCGCGCCCUGGAGGGCUGUGAAAGGUGGUUGCCUGUAUUAGUCCACGCUGAAGACGGCAUGCUGCACACACUGCCAGGAGAUGAGCUAUAUCCCGAUGAUCCGGAUGUCACGGGGGAAAUGCAAAAAAAGUACUCCACGAACAGGACCAUUGAAGAUUCUCUCCGGGAAGGAGAGCGCAUCCAUCGCCUAGUACAUAUUGACGGCGUCCCGAUUUUCUUUGUAAACACAAAGCCGAAACAUAAGCACGUCAACCCGCUCGGAACAGAUGUAAAACGUGGUACAGAGCCCAAGAGCAAGAUUUAAAUAGUAAAAUCUGAUUCAGACAAUGGGGCUCAUUCUGCAAAAUGCGUGGGAAAGGUUUUCCGGAAUGUCUCGUGAUUUGGAGCGCCAUACCCAAAAUCUACUAAAUCGUACAAAAAAGUAAAUCUGCCCCAGUAUUGGUCCUGAUUUACCUCAUGGUAAUAAAUGAUUUAGCAGAGUUCCUCAUAGUAACUAUAGGAAGAAAAUACCUGGGGACCAGAUCUGUGAUAGAAUCACCAAAAUUCAGCAAUAAUUGCAUUUUAUUUCUUUAUGUAUUCUAUUAUUAUAAGGGAAUACAUAAUUGUAUCAUUGUA